CUGAAGUCGAGCUCAGGGGCCGUCGCGUUUCAGUUUCAGUCCGCCAGCGAACGUUGUCGCGAGCACAACGUCUUAGCCAACAGUUCUGAGUUCCAGUCUCAGUAGCAGUCUCAGUCGAAGUCUCUCUCUCUGAAUCUUCAAGUCUCCGAUUCUCUGUGCCCAGUUCUCAGAUUCUCCGCGGGGCGCGCGUGUAUCUGUAUCUUCGGCCGUGUGUAUCUGCAUCCGUGCAUGUAUCCGUAUCAGUAUCUGUAUCUGUGGAGCUGUGUGUGUGAUAGCCAGUAACACUGGCCCGUUUCUAGAGUUGUUAUUUUUUCGAACGUUGCUUUUUUUUUACUGUGCCUCCAAAACUGGUUGCUGCUUUUUAACUGUGUAUCUGUGCAGCAGCAGCAGCAGCAGCACUUGAAGACUACGAAUACGAGUCGGGAGAAGAAUCAGAAGCAGAAGAAUCUGUCCGAGCCGACCAGGGGCGGAGCGAAGCGCAGAGAAGACAGAAGAGGCCACUAAGAGAAGAUACGCGGAGCGAAAACAACUGUAGUUGUUUACUUUUCGCUUGGCCUUUCGGGGAUUUUUCGCUUGAAAAACCACGAAUUACACCACCGAUCCAAGCGCCCAUAGCCGCCAUAUUCCGCCGUCUUCCGGAGCCACCAGGAGUCCCUAGCAGAUCCACAAGAUGCCCUGCUCGGCCGUAACCCUGUCCAUAGCGACGAUCUGCGCGAUCAUCGCCACUGCCCUCCUGGCGAUCGCCUUCUCCACGGACAACUGGCUCCACUACGACGUCUGGCGCAACCAGAUACAGGCCUUCGCCGCCAAGCACUCGGACGCGGAGUCCCUGCUGCACAACCUGAACUACAAGUACUACUACUACACCAGGACACGCGGCCUCUUCCGCAUCUGCUACCCCAAGGAGCGGCCCCCGGUCUCGGCAGUGCCCACCUACCUGUCGCCCAUCGAGACGCACUGCUCCAACAUCGACUACUUCCCCCAGGCGGAGGACGAGAAGAUCGCCAACGAGGACGCCACCUCGCGCCUGCACCUGGCCCGCUCCUGCAUCGCCCUGUUCAUCAUCAGUUUCGUGACCAUCUUUUGCGCCUUUUGGACCGGGCUCUCCGGCUGCUGGAAGCGCUCCUCGGGCGCCAUCACGGCCACCUCGAUCCUGCUGCUGGUCACCUGCCUCCUGGCCGCCGGCGCCAUGGGCCUCUGGCACACGGUCGAGUUCUUUGAGAAGGAGAAGGUUGUGGGCGAGGACUACUUCCAGCAGUGGAACACGGUUCUCCGCGACAACACCAAGAUCGCAUACGACUGGUCCUACAUCGUGGCCUGGGCAGGAAUCGGCACCUGUCUCCUGGCCGCCAUCCUGCUCUCCGGAGCGGCUGUCUGUCUGCGCAACGAGCGCGAGAAGGAGGAGCAGCUGAACCUGCAGUACCUGAUGCCAGUCUACUCCCAGAAGCAGCCCCCCUAUCCGCCGUACGCCAACUACGCCCAGCCGCAGAUCUACCCGGGACCCUACUACCACGGAUCCCAGUACGGGCCCUACAACUACUAGGGACCAGUCAGGAGGAAGGAGUGGCAAGCAGUUACAAAAGACCAGGAGGGAACCUCCCCAGUUAAGAAAAGAGACCCCUCGGCCCCUCGGAACGAAUGAGUUGGCAGGAGGAGUUCGCGCGACACAAUGAAAUUUAAAAUUACGCAUAAUAUACAGCAUCAUCUUUUUUUUUUGACGAGAAUUAGUUUUAGAGUCUAUAUAGAACUAUAUAAAUAUAUAUAUAUAAACCUAUGUGUGUAACCGUGGGACUUGAGUCAAAAGUGGCGUCCGAUUUUUGGUGCGCGAUUUGUUUGCACGAAAUUUUGAAAAUAUCUUAGGAGGACGGUAUGCGACAACGCUGAUUGAAUAGACGAAACAAUAAACCGUUAAUUUAUUGUAGCACGUAGCGUACAUGUAGCGUAUCUAAAUAAUAAUAUAUAAACCGAAUAUAUGUAUCUAAGCUUAAAGUUUCAUUGUACAAUGUAUAUGAAUGUAAAAGUGCGCGACAAGCUUCAAAUUGUCUUCCAAGUAUAGUGCAUAUUGUAUGUAGAGCUGUACGAUUAAUAAAUAAAAGUUUCUUGCGUUAACGGAAA